AUGGUGCCAUUGAGGUUUUCCAGGAACUUUCAUCUCAACAAAACGACUAUCAGAACCGUCAAGACAUCCACCGUGGACUGGAAACCGAUUAUAUCUACGAAGGGAAACUUGGCAACAAUUGAGUAUCAAUCUAAGAUGCCCUUGUUGAGAAAAUUCUUCCUCGGCUUGAUGAUAGCUAUGCCUGUUAUUUCGUUUGUAUUAGGCUGUUGGCAAGUUAAGAGACUUCAGUGGAAGACAGCUUUGAUAUCCAAAUGUGAGAACGCUUUGGCGCAACCACCCAUUGAAGAAAUUCCGGCCGAGCUCGAUCCAGAUGCUAUUGUAGACUUUGAGUACCGUAGAUUCAAAUGUAAGGGACAUUUUGACUACGAUCAAGAGAUAUUCUUGGGUCCCAGAAUCAGAGAUGGCCAGUUAGGAUAUUUGGUUAUCACUCCGUUCGUCAGAACUUCUGGCGGAAAGCCUAUUUUGGUUGAAAGAGGCUGGAUUCACAAAGAUAAGGUAGUUCCAGAAACUAGAAAACAUGGCUAUUUGUCUCAUUUGGCAUUUCCUCAGGGUGAAAUCGAAAUCGAAGCCUUGUUCAGAGUGAUGCCAGUUAAGUCGUACUUACAAUUUGACCACCAAGAUGGAGCCAGACUCUUCAAUGUUCAUGAUGUGCCGGAAAUGGCCAAGCAGUCUGGCGCUUUACCUAUUUAUUGUCAGAUGAUAUAUGAUCUUAGAGACCAUGUGGACUGGAAGGGCCCCGAUGAUGCCAAAAAACCUGCUAGCAAAAGUUCGUGGUUGAAGUCGCUUGCUUUUGCUCAGAAGCAAGAGCCACAGGACGAUGCCCAUUUCAUCUCAUCUCAGGCUGAAUUCGAUCACACUUUGGAAUACCAAGAUUUUGAAUUCGUCAAGCAGGGUGUACCUAUUGCACCCACACCCAAGUUGAAGUUCAGCAAUAACCACUUGCAGUACCUUGUGACAUGGUUUGGACUUUCAAUUUGCAGCGCUGGACUUUUGAUUUACAGUUUUAUGAAGAAGGGAAGAUACCUGAGUGCUGAAAAAGUGAUUGCUGAGAAGAGAAGACAGAUGGGAAGAACAUUCUAA